UCCCUACGGUUAGCCACGCCUCCUCCCUCAAGCGCGGAGCGGUCGGUGAGGCGGGAGCGGGGGCUCCUAAGCUGGCAGGCGGCGGCGACAGCAGCGGCCAGGCGGUGGUGCUUUAACUUCUACUGUAUGGACUCUUGCUCAGUAGCAUGGGAGAAGAGGAAGGACUACAUCAAACACAAUUACUGAGGUUAAGCGUGCCAGUAGAAACUUGGGAGGAGCGAGGAGAAACUGCCUCUCCAGUAGGUGAAAUACAGCCGUUGAGAUGUUUGCUUCUGUACGAAGCAUCAUCUAGUGACUUCCAUCAAGUGUGCAGCUUAAUGGGAGCCAGGAGCUGGGAUCCUGCUUCUCUCCGAUGCCAUGACUUGUGGACCUGCUCACCCCUGGUUCCUGAGUGCCGUUUUUACCCAGUCUGUACGUUCCUGACCCCUGUUGUACCACACUGGCCAUUCUAUAACCUGGACACAAUGUUUGUUCGAGGAUUAAAGAGAAAGUGUUUUGAUGGUGAAGAAGAUAUUGAAGGAACUCUGGCUGGUAUUAAGGCAAUUCCUUCAUAUAAUCUUCAGCGACAGUCACUUUUAGAUAUGUCCUUGGUUAAACUUCAGUUGUGUCACAUGCUGGUUGAACCGAACCUUUGCCGUUCAGUGCUAAUAGCCAACACAGUACGACAGAUCCAAGAGGAAAUGACUCAAGAUGGGACUUGGCAGAUGAUAAAUACUCAGAGUACAGGGCAGGCAUCCCUGGAUCGUCUUGUUUCAACAGAUAUCCUCUGUCGUUCAUCUAGGGAACAAGCUGAGGGAAAGCAUGUUUCAGGCUAUAGUACUUUCAAUAAAGACUUUGAGGGCGACCAGGCACAAGAUAGUUCAGAAACUAUGUCAACGGCCUCUUCAGUGCAAGUCUCAAGAAACCUGCAGAGCAAUGCAUGGGAAAUGGAGAAUCCACAAGAAAAUAAAGGAAAUUUUCAAAAGUCAUUAGAUCAAAUAUUUGAGACAUUGGAGAAUAAAAGUCCUAAUUCUGUUGAAGAUCUAUUUUCAGAAGUUGACAAUUCUUACUACGAUUUUGAUACUAUGUUAACAGGCAUGAUGAGCAAUACAAAAAUGGGACACUGUGAUGGGCUUGAAACAUUUUCUUCUCCAACAACUACAGCUUCUAACUCAAAUUGUAAAUCUGAUCUUAAUGAGCUUGAUCAUAUUGUGGAAAUCCUUGUUGAAUCCUGAGACUCCCUGUGUAGGAGAUAAAAAUUUGUUAAUGGGAAGAAAAGACUCAAGAAAGCUAUUUCUACAGUUUGUUCUAUGAAAUCUGCACGUGUAUUUUACAAAUAUCUAUAUAUUAUAUAGAUAUCUAUAUUAAAAAGCACUUCAUAUUGCAAAACAGUGUUAACUCUUAAAGUUAACCUGCAGCUAGCAGUGUAAUAAUCUGAUCUACUGUCCAUUGAACUGUAAGUACAUACGGUAAUGUUUUUAAGUUUGGGGUCCAAGGCUCUUGAAAUUGAGUUCCUUUUGCCAAUUUGUUUUAGCCUUUAAUAGAGCAUAUGCUCACUGAGAGUGAUUCUCUCAGUGUUUGGUAUACUUCUCCCGAUAAAAAUGGUAAUAAACAGAGAGAGAAGUUGGGUAACUGGUUUCCAAUUUUCCUCCUGUUUCCACUUUGUUGCACCACAAAGCUCCCACCUUAUCUGCUGCUUCUAUUCCAAGUCGCUACAUGGCUCUUAAAGAGCAGUAUGCAAUAGUUCCUGUUGUCUUAGCUAGCUUGUUCUGUUUUUUGCUACAAUUUUUACUUCAAGAAUAGUUUUAAAGUGCUUACUGGUGUUUAGAUUUUUCCAGGUAUUUUCCUAAAAUAUAUUUUUACUACAGAUGUUGUCUCAGCUGCUAAUGUAGUAACUUUUGAUCAUAUCUGCAGUUGAUGUAUUUUUUGAAAGAUUUUCAAAAAGGGAUGUUUUUUUUUACCGUGAGCUACCCAAUGUAGUUCAGUAAAGUGUAUGUAAAUGUAAAUAUAUGAUUUUAUACUUUACAUUAAAAUGUAAGACCUGUUUUCAUGAUUCUGUUUUACAGAGUAGUACUUUACUAAAUUGAGACUGUACAGGUAUGCUUUUCAUACCCCAUAUACCUGAGUGUCGUUAGAGGAAGAGCUUUGAUCCAGCUAGACACAAUUACGUUUAAUUCAUCUCAGACCAUACUUUUUGUUAACAACAAACCUAACCUACAUGGGGUUUUACUUAAAUGUAUUUAUAUGUAGAUGUCAUCAAGUGAUUUGUUUAUCAGCAAAGUCUACCAUCCAAUAUUUGUUUUUUAUGGGGUACUGUCUUGAAUUAAUUAAUACCAGAAGUGUUAUUAGCACCAUUUAAAUCUCAAACGAUAUGUCAUGGUGUCAUCAUUAAUAUGCUCCACUCUUACCAAGGUUUCCUCUGGCCUUUUGUAAUAAGAAAAGAUAAUACAACA